GAGAAUUCGAAUGAAGGUGAUUUUAUUAAAAUAAAAGAAUAUUAGUCGGCGAAAAGCUUUCCAAUUUUCAUAAACGAUUAAAUUUAAACUAUCAUUUUAAUGUAAAGAGAAUGAAGAUAAUAAUAGUUUUAUUUAAAUGUUAAUAAGAAUAAGAAAAUGUCAGAGCGUGUUCCGUACCUCGGACCGGAAGCGGACACGUGAUGGGAAAGGGGCAGACGAAACCAAAAUCAUAUCCACAGACAAAGAAGGCGACGGGACGACGCAAAGAAGGAGGAGAGCAGGAGCAAUUGUCGCUGCGAGGUUCGUGGCCGCGGGAUAGCAUGGAUUUGCCCAAUUGUCCGCUCGGCCCCGACGCCGGCUUGCUGCAAUGAACGAGCAUGCAGGCCACGCCAGGUGAGGUCCCGAGUUCCACAACAUUCGAGGUCGGGGAGGUGCCAGAGGCAGGGACGUGGGCCUGACGACCGAGACAAUUCUCGCGCCAUGAGCCUUUCUUACGGGCUCUGUGCUCUGGCCCCCGCACCAUGGCGAGCGGCCGGCGCAGGAGGAGGAGGAGGAAUGAGGAGGAAUUUUCCUGAUUCUGAUUUGCAGCGCAGGCUGUGGCGGAGCAGAGGUUUCGCCAGGAGGGGUCGGUUGGUCAAGUCCAGGCCCGGAGAUGGAAUUGCGAAGGGGGUUGCAUUUGCGCUUUGGAAGCAGGUUUCUAAAACCCCCAGGAAGCUUUCCAGCAAGUCUCAUGGUUUGGAGACGCUUGAAAGUUCUGAACGGGAGUUGAAUGCGCCUCCGAGAAAUGUAGCUAUUAAAUCUGCAGUGGAUGAAAGAGAUGGGCUGGAUCAGUGCACCCCUGAUUUUGAGCCUCCAUCUGAACAGCAGAGGCUCGGAUCGGAUUUCAAUACUCUUGUUAAGAGAUUUUGGAGAGUUGCGUUACCGUAUUGGAGCUCAGAGGAUAAGGUCGAAGCCCGAUGGCGCCUGGGUACAGUGCUUGCACUUACUCUGGCCACCACAGGAAUCAGUGUCGGAUUUAAUUUUCUUGGAAGAGACUUCUACAAUGCUCUUUCAAGCAAGGACCAGGAGCAAUUUUUGAAGCAGCUCCUCUACUACUUAGGAGCAUUUGUCGGUGGUAUUCCGGUGUUUGUAAUUAGGGAUUAUAGUAGAGACACGUUGGCGCUUCGGUGGAGAGCAUGGAUAACACAACAUUACAUGGCUCGCUACUUCGAGAAUAGGACGUUUUACAACAUUCAGUCUCAAUCUUUGAUCGACAACCCAGAUCAGCGAAUAGUUGAUGACUUGAAUUCUUUCACGACAACGUCCCUCGUCUUUGCACUGGCUAUUUUUAAUGCCGUCAUUGACCUCAUUUCAUUCAGUGGAAUUUUAUAUGGGAUAUAUCCGCCACUCUUUGGUGUCCUCAUCGUGUACUCAAUUGGAGGAACUGCUCUUAGUGUGGCUCUAGGGAAGGGACUCGUGGGUUUAAAUUUUAUGCAAGAGAAACGGGAAGCUGAUUUUAGAUAUGGACUGGUGCGAGUACGAGAAAAUGCCGAGUCUAUUGCAUUCUAUGCUGGAGAAAGCAGUGAAAUAAAUUUGCUCCUUGAAAGAUUCAAUCAAUCUUUUGCCAACUACAGUCAACUUCUAAUUGCUUCGAGGAAUCUGGACUUCUUCACCAGUGCAUAUCGAUAUCUCAUUCAACUGCUGCCCGCUGCUGUGGUUGCACCUCUUUACUUCGCUGGGAAAAUAGAAUUUGGUGUAAUUAAUCAGUCAUUCUCUGCCUUCAAUCACAUACUGAGUGACUUCUCAAUCAUCGUCUACCAGUUCCAGUCUAUCAGCUCCUUCUCCGCUGUUGUCGAUCGGCUAGGUGAGUUUAGCGAAAUUUUGGAUCAGCAGAACACAUUGUCACGCCCUGUCACAUACCUAGGAUCUGCUUCAGAAGCGAUUGAAUCCAGCCAAACAGAAGGCGGUUCCUCUCUUCGACCACGCAUAUCUAUUUUAGAUCGUAGAGAAACGAUACAGCCCGUCCUCAAUGGACAGAAUGAAAGCUCACGCAAAGUUCCGCUUUUGAUGAUGGAGCACCUGACUUUGAAUACACCACAGUACACUUCUAAGUUGGUGGAAGACUUGUCUGUAGUUGUUAACCAAGGCGAACAUUUACUGAUUAUGGGUGCAAGUGGAAGUGGUAAAACUUCCCUUUUGAGAGCCAUAGCCGGUCUGUGGGCGGCUGGAACGGGAACUAUUACUCGGUUUUUGAGAUCAGAGAGCGAAGGCGUGGAUCGAGUAUCGAGACCUGAUAAUAGUGAAGCUAUUCCAGGAGAUACAGCGAAUCAUGCUGUCAACGGUGCCGUAACCUCCUCCAGCUUAGACAUCAGCCAAGAGAUCUUCUUCUUACCACAAAGGCCGUAUAUGGUUCUGGGCACUCUACGACAGCAAAUAUUGUAUCCAAUCUGGACCGAGCGAGGCUUUACUUCACCGCUGAGCCCGAAAUCAAAUGGCCCUGUCACUUCCAGUGCUUACACCGAUGCGACACCGGUGGGCUUGAAGCCCCAGCCCAGUGAUGAGGAGCUUACAGAUGUUUUGGAGCGCGUGAGUCUGGGCCAUUUAAUGAGUAGCUGUGAUGGACUCGACGCCAAUGUCGAAUGGGCAAGCGUUCUCUCUUUAGGAGAGCAACAGCGAUUGGCAUUUGCGCGGCUUCUCAUCUCCAAGCCGAGAUUGGCACUGAUGGACGAGUCUACUAGCGCUCUUGAUGAAGAAAACGAGAUGCUUUUGUACGGCGAGAUCAAGAAGUCGGGCAUAACAUACAUCAGUGUGGGUCACAGAACUACCCUCAAGCAGUUCCAUUCAAAUAUUCUGAAGAUUAGUAAACUAGAUGGAGGUGGAUGUAAUUGGACGUUUGGUCCUCUUGACCGAAAGCCGGACUUGGAAGUCAUGGGGUCACCCAACUAGGCCGCGAGUUGUAUGCUGCACUGGGUUGACAGUGGAUCAUAUCUUAGAAUUAAUGUACAUUAGCGACUCAGCACCGAGAAUUCAACGUCAUGGCUGCCUUCUGCUUCCAACUGCCCGACCAUUUCGCCAUGUCAUCGCUCGGUUGCAUCACAUCCCAAAUGUAUCAUUGUACACUAGUGUGCAAUAUUGUAGAUUGUACUGUCUUUCAAGGCAAAGUCCUCGCAGGCAGGUCAUACAGUUUAGUCUCAGUAGUUAUUCAAGCCACUAUUUGAGGUACAUAUAUUCUGCACGCUUUGAAUCAAUAACAGCCAGUCAACUCUGUACAGGCAAGCUAUUUCAACACUUCUACAUGAUAUGUUUGU